UUGAAAAUCUUUUUAUUAAUCCAAAUUUCAGGUGGACUAGACUUGAAAACGCAAGAAGCUGCACUUCGCACUGGGCCGGAUGUGGUUGUCGCGACUCCAGGACGUCUCAUUGAUCAUCUCCACAACUCUCCGUCGUUUUCUUUGAACAGUAUCGAGGUGCUUGUUUUGGAUGAGGCCGAUCGUAUGCUUGAGGAAGCGUUCAAAGAUCAAAUGAAUGAACUUAUUCGACUUUGUGCACCGAAUCGUCAGACGUUGCUCUUUUCGGCUACAAUGACUGAUCAGAUCGACGAAUUGGCAUCGAUGUCGUUAAAGAAGCCCGUGAAGAUUUUCAUCAAUGAGAAUACCGAAACAGCGUUGAAAUUGAGGCAGGAGUUUAUACGUAUCCGUGCUGGACGAGAAACAGACCGUGAAGCGAUCGUUUCGGCUCUUGUCACCAGAACCUUUCAGGAAAAUACUAUUAUUUUUGUUCGGAUGAAAAAGGAUUGCCAACGUCUGCAUAUACUUCUUGGUUUGCUUGGCUUGAAGGUACCCAUUGUUAUAUUGGAAACAAAACAAAUUUCAUAUGUUCUGGGAAGUUAUUUAUACAAUUUCCAGAUCGAUGUGCUAGUCUCUACUGAUUUGGCUUCUCGUGGCCUUGACAUUGAAGGAGUUCAGACGGUUAUAAAUAUGCAUAUGCCAAAAACAAUAAAGCAAUAUAUUCACCGAGUUGGACGAACUGCACGUGCAGGACGUGCUGGCAGAUCAAUCUCGUUGGUUGGCGAAGAUGACAGGAAGUUGUUGAAGGAAAUUAUAAACACGAACCCUGAUCGAACACUAAAGCAGCGAAUGGUGGCUCCUGAAGUAGUAGAAGCAUAUCGGCAACGAAUCGACUCGCUUGAGGAAUCGAUUCGUCAAAUUGAUUUGGAGGAGAAGGAGGAAAAAGAGCUGCGGUUAGCCGAAUCAGCGUUAACAAAAACUAAAGAAAAAUUGGAAACAGGAACUACGGAGCGUGAAGGCCGUGUAUGGUUCCAGAAGCCUACGGUUUCAGAGAGAGAACGAAGACGAGCGGAAAAGAGGGCCCAACGUAAAGAAGAAAUGAAGCGGAAGCAGGCUGCGAAGACGCCGGAGGAGAUCAGAAUGGAGCACGAGAUGGCUUACCAGGCUCGUGAGGCCAAGAGAGCUCGGCGAGGAAAGAAUCGUCGACUACGAGCGGUAGUUGAAACUCCGUUCAAGGUAAGCUGA